AUGCCACCCCUCGUACGCUGCUACUGCAAAGUUACAAACUGCAACGGCGUUCUUGUUCCAUCUCACGUAUUUCGCUCACAUGAGCGCUCUGAUUUACGUCAACGAACUCUUGCUGAUCAGGCCAACUUUACCCGGCGAGUUGGGCAACACGUCAUAUCACAGGAUGUUGGGCGAGUUCCUCGAGGAUUUUCGGUUCCAUUACACGAACCUCUCCCUCCCUUGUCUCCGGAGUUUCACGAUCCUUUGGAGGAUGCCGUCUUGGAUUAUGGGGUUCUUACUGAUGCAGAUCUAGGUAUCCCAACACCAGGCAGCCCCUUGCCCAACCUUGGUCCUAAUAUGCGCAGUCCCGAGGCUCUUAUUGCGGCUGUCGAGCACUUUGACGCAUAUAACAAUGCGACAGCUGCUGGCUCCCGGCGCCUUACGGCUCAUGACGCGCACCAACUUCCUCUUGACCCCGCGCAACACACUUUUGAACGGCAACUUGAGAAGACCGUGGAGGAAAUGCAAAGAGAACAAGCUGAUCUUGAUGACGAAGAGGAGAUACAGGAUUUCGAUGGAGAUGGAUGCUUUAAUGUACCCGAUGAAGAAGACGACCGUGCGCCUAUACAGGCAGAACCAGGGGAGGACGACCCUGAUCCCUUCUUUCCUGACGAAGACUACUUUUCAGAAGACCACACGGAUCUUUCGCACCUCCCUCACCAUCUGCUAGUGAUAUAUGCACUCGUCUCAUGGCUUUACCUCCAGUUUCACCUUCCACGAGUUGCGUGCAACGCACUCCUUGCGAUAUUGGCUUGCAUUUUACUCUCGAUUGCACCGGCCAUCGACACUCCUUUCAUAACGCUUCAAUCCAGCAAUCGGGUACUUGGUGUGGAUAAGACUAUCUACACUCUUCCCGUCUGCCCAUCUUGCCGUGAAGUUUUCCCUCCUGCGGGUUCGCUGCAUACCGUGGAUACCUGUCCGAUCUGCCUCGAUGAUCUUUUCCUGCCAGAACACACUCUGCGGGGUAACCAACGAGCAGUCAAGUCCCCAGUGAUAAAAUAUCCUUAUCUUCCGCUUUCUGAACAGCUGAAAUCUCUAUUGAAGAUACCCGGCUUAGAGGCACUACUGGAUGGGUGGCGCAUGAAACCUCGCGCUGCAGGACAAUACACCGAUAUUUUUGAUGGCGCAGUGUGCCGCACCAAACUCAAGGAUCCGAAUGGUAAAUUGUUCUUCUCAAACCUUCCUCAUGAAAAGAACGGUCCAGACAACGAGCUUCGUAUCGGCGUCAAUCUUGGGUUGGACUGGUUUUCAUACAUCCGCAGCAACAUCGCACCAUCUCACUCUUCAGCUCCAACGUCAUUCUCGAUUCAACGCUUUCUUCGUCCUAUCGUAUCGGAUCUCUUGCGCUUGUGGAAGUUUGGUAUCAGGGUUCCGACGGAGUCUUCUCCUCAUGGGAGACUUGUCCGCGUAAUUCUAGUUGCUGUCGUAUGCGACAAACCUGCUGCUCAUAAAGUGGGUGGGUUUGCUUCCCAUUCACAUACUAAUUUCUGCACCCUCUGUUGGAUCACUCUGAGCGACAAAACCACACCGGCUGCCUUUCAAGAAGGAGCAUUCCGCCCGCGGACAAACGAGGAACAGCGUGAGCUAGGUGACCGUUACCGAAAUCUUCCAACAGCCAGCACGCGCAAGAAUUUUGUCAAGGACUUCGCUACACGAUAUUCUCAACUCUCCCGAUUACCAUACUUCAACUUAGUCGAGCAGAUCGUUAUCGAUCCGAUGCAUAAUCUGUUUCUAGGUCUCGUCAAGACGCAUUUCUAUAAUAUCUGGGUACAGAGUAAAAUUCUACGCCCAAAUCACGAGCUCGACGCAUUCCACGAGAUGCUUGCAGACUUUAUAGUACCAGGAGCAUGUGGCAAACUACCAACAGAUAUCGGCAUGCCGUCUGGGGGAUCCCUAACAGCCGAUCAGUGGUUAUUGCUCUCGACCGUGUAUGGACCCAUUAUCAUACCUCAAUUAUGGGCCGCGUGCACGCCUUCAGAUGCCAGUGAUCAGAUACUCCAUCAACGUGUGGCCGCCAUCGAGAAGCUUGAAGCAGAGAAGACAGUCAAAGCUACCUGUAAUGCUGACAAUAGAAAGGCUCUAGCUGAUGCGAAGAAACACGGGAAGGAUGCUUAUGAGGCAGAGAAGGCACGCAUUGCCGGUCUGAAACUGCAGGAAGCAGAGGCCAGGAACCAAGAGAAGCUUCGUGCUGCUGCUGCUAAGCAGGCAGAGAAAGCUAGAAUUUCCGCAGAGAAAAAGGCGCGAGCAGCUGCGCUCAAGGCAACCCGUAAGCGCAAAGCUACGACACAGAUGGUUGACGAUCUCACCGAAGGAGAAAUUCACCCUGCUCCUGCCCCUCCGCCCGCUCCUACUGCUCCAGCAAACGAAGGCUUUGACAUUACUGACGACAGUACUAACACUAAGUUCUGCCUACAUCCAGACGAUCCUGAAAACUUCCUCAAGCUUAGCGCUGCGCUUCGCAUCAUUGUCCGACAUCAAAUAUCUGACCAAGAUAUCAACGACGUUGAUAGGCUCCUCCGUGAAUAUACUUACGGACUCAUUCAUCUGUACGGAUCAAGUUCCAUCAAGCCUAAUCAUCACUACGCAACUCAUGUCAGUGAAUGCGCGCGUAAUUUUGGCCCUUUGCACGACUUUUGGACCUUCCUCUUUGAACGCCUCAACAAAGUACUCAAAUCCUACAAAACGAAUAACCACGGAAACGGCGAACUCGAGACGACAUUUUUCCGCGAGUUCCAGCGUACUUGCCAAACUAACCGUAUGACUUACACUCUUGUCCAACGUCCAAAGGACUCGCUCCCAAGCGCGGUUGCCGACAUUAUGAUCAAAGCAUCCAACGAAGAACGAGGCACGGUAGCCGGGUUAGCGGCGCUAUCAAAAGACCUUGACGAUGUCGUCGCCGAUGCGGAUCAAGUGUACAUGCUCAGCCCUCGCCACCACCUGAAAGACCUGUCUACCGAUACCUACCGACUUCUUGCUGAGACUCUUUGUCUUCAUUUCCCCCUCACGCCAGUUCACUGCCGCAUGGAUCGCCCGCUUCUAUCUCAUAGCCUUCCUCUCAACUGGCAAGCCAUAUUUUUCGACUACGUUGUCCUUCGUGGGAAGCGCUAUUAUGCCUCUCGGACAACAGGAUCUAAUCGUUCGUCUUUUGUUCAUGUCGUCAUUCCAAACAAUGGUUCACCCCGUCAUGCUUAUGGUGAGAUAUUGGAGAUUUUUCAGUUUGAGCAGAAUUUGCGUGGACAAGGAAAUCGUAUGUGGUUCGCACGAAUGCGCUGGCUCAAAGCUUGGCGUGCAGAGCCAUCUCCAUGGGACAAGUUUUCAGUCGUGGAUGUACGCCUUUGGGAGUUGGGCGAAUAUUUGGACCGCGACACUCAACUACCGCAUCUCAUUGACCCAGACUGGGUGACGGGCCAGCUUGCUAUGAUGACUGUGUCCGUCGGCGAGAGCAAGACAAAGAAGUUGACUCGCUGCUAA